UCCGCGAUUUUGUUCUGUACAUGUUCGCGCCAUUCUGAAGUGUCAGUUAUCGGACCUGAUAAUUCUGAGAGCUGUAUGUAAAGUUAUCGUUGGGAUAUUAAUUACUUCUGUUAAUGACAUUUGAUAUAUAAUAAAUGAAGAAAAUGUCAGAAUCCUCCGGCGCACGUGCAGACCCGGAAGACAUCAUCAACAUCUUAGUAGCUACUGACAUUCAUCUUGGUUUCGAUUACAGCAAGCAGAGAGGGAGGUACUCCGACGAUAGUUUUAUAACUUUCGAGGAAAUCUUGAAACAUGCCAAAGAUAACGAAGUCGAUUGCAUUUUAUUGGGUGGAGAUUUGUUUCACGAUACCAAGCCAUCGCAGGCCGCGUUGCUCAAGUGUGUAGAAUUGCUACGAAAAUAUUGCCUGGGUACCAGGGAAUGCAAACUAGAAUUCCUGAGUGAUUCUGAGCUGGUAUUUCGACAUUGUGCACAAAAACACGUGAAUUAUGAAGAUCCCAAUUUGAAUGUUUCAAUACCAGUAUUUACUAUUCAUGGGAAUCACGAUGAUCCAAGUUUUGGUACCGUUGGAUCAAUGGAUGUACUGUCAGCCACUGGAUUUGUGAAUUACUUUGGAAAAUGGACAGAUCUCACUCGUGUGGUUAUGCCUCCCAUAAUCCUGAAGAAACGUAACACUCAUAUUGCACUCUAUGGUUUGAGUUAUAUCAAUGACCAAAGAUUAUCCAGAUUAUACAGGGAUGACAAGGUGGAGUUGUUACGUGCAAAAAAUAUGGAGACUUUCAAUAUAUUUGUUUUACAUCAGAAUCGUGUAAAACAUAGCGAUUUUGCUUAUAUACCUGAAGGUAAACUACACAAGUUUCUUGAUCUGGUUAUUUGGGGCCAUGAACACGAAUGUCGUAUUACACCUGAAUUUAAUGCAGAAGGUGGAUACCACAUUUGCCAACCAGGAAGUUCUAUUGCCACCUCUUUGUGUGAAGGUGAAUCUAAACCUAAGCAUGUGGGUCUUUUAAAAGUUAAUAAGAAAGAAUUCAAGAUGAAAAGUAUAAAAUUAAACAGUAUUAGACCAUUUGUUUUUGAUAAUAUGAUUCUUCGUGAUCAUCAUGACAUUAAAGUAGGAAUCUCGCUAGCAGAAUCCAUAAGUCAAUAUGUAGAUCAAUAUAUUGAAAACAAUAUUAUGUGCAAAGUUGCUGAACAACUCACAGGAUAUCCUGAUCAACCUCUUCAACCUUUGAUUCGGCUUAGAAUAUUUCACGAGGACGAUAAUCAAAUAUUCGAUACUCUAAGCUUAGCACGAAAGUAUUGUGAUGAAGUUGCUAAUCCUAUGGAGAUGAUUAUAUUUCGUAAAAUAAAAAACGUGGAAAAAAUAAGACGUGCCAUUAGAGAUGGACUUGAAGAUGUAGAAGAGAUUACUGAAUUAUUCCAAGGAAAUUUAGAGCAAGAUUGGAAUAGGACCGUGCCAGGUGGAAUCAAAAAGUAUUUUGACAUGGAAGAAAAUAAGGAUAAGUUAACAGUAUUGACUGUAACUGCGUUAAAUGAGGCAUUGAAUCGAUACGUUGAUAAAGGUGAUACGGAUGCCUUUAGGAAUAUAGUAGAAGAUCAAAUGAGAAGAACUAUUGACUACGUGAGGAAACAAGAUACUUCGACAGAGGAGGAUAUUCGUCGGGAGAUUAAAAAUUUCCGCGAUCAAAGACUUUCGGAGGAACAACAGGAAAAGAAAAAAGCUAUACAGGUAUUAAACACAUCAAGGAAUCCAAAGAGUAGUCAACAAGCUCACGAUAUCAAUACAAGUGACAGCGAUGAACCGUUUGAUAUAACGUCGUCGUUCAAUAUAACGUCUCCGGUUAAAACUAAUGCGAGAAGUAGGAGUUCUAGAGGUGGUCGAGUAGCUAGAGGGAGUCGUAGUCGUGCAAAAACUAAUGAAAAAAAUACAUCUGUUGCAAAAAUGCCGCGCUCUAGAAGCAUAAAAUCGAAACAAAGUGCUGGGCCGUUCGUUAUUAUAGACUCUGAUUAGUUAUUAAGUAUUAUACUCAAAACUACAAACACACAUUUUUAUAUAUGUAAAUAAAUAUAUAUUUGUAUGGAACCUUAAUAAAAAUAGGAGAACAAAGAA